UAAAAUUACUGUUUUGGUAAUAUUAAUAAAAAUUAUAAGCUUACUUAUAUAUUUUUAUAUUAAAUGCUUUCAUAAAUUCUGUACAUUUCACUAUGAGUUCCGAACUACCUAAAGAAUUUCAGAAAACGUCUGAAGUAUUACCGUUCUCAAAAUAUGGCUUAUCAUCACUGGAAGAGUUCAAAAACACAGAAAAAGAUGUUCAACACCUAGAAUGGUUGAAAAAAGUCGGCUUAAGUGAGGAAGAGAUAAAACUGUAUGAAGAGAAUGAAGCCGGAUUACUAACACAGAAAACUAAAGUAGAAUCAAAUGCUCUAAAAAGGAAAUUAGAAGUAUUGUAUGCGAAAAUCAGUGAUAACCAAAAUAAUAAGAGACAGCCAAAUAUUGAACAGGAAGCUCUAGCAAGCACUUCAAGUGAAGAUGACAUUAAGAGGAUUAACAAGUCCGGAUGUUUCUACGCUCCAGGGCAUCCUAUUAAUGAUUUAAAAAAACUUGAGGAAGAAUUGUUUGGUCACUUGCAAGACCAGACAAUUUCUAUCACCAAACGCCGUAAAAUUAUAAGGAGACUCGAGAGAAAAAGAGAAAGGUUGCUAGCUCAGCAAAAAACACCUAAUAUAGAUCCCAUGGAAGGUCCAUCUCAGAUUAAGCCAGGAAGUCUGUGGGAUGUACAAAAAAUGCCAGACAGGAUGAAACUUAAACCCAAGAAACCAAUCAUGGGUCCAUUUAAUAAAACCAUGUACACCGUAAAAGACAACAAAAUUGUCCGACUUGAACCAACAGAAAAUAAUGAAGAAUAUAAAGCUGUUGACAUUGUACUUCCUGUGAAUUCAGCUGAACAACAGUUGUUGGAAGGCACACAAAUGAAGAUAGAUGACAUAAGAAAGAUAGAAAGAUUUAAAGACUAUGAACCUGGCAUACCUUCUAAAGUUCUUUUCCUCAAGAAUAUUGCACCAUCACUGAAACAUGAACAGUUGGCAUUGCUCUUCAACCAGUUUCAGAUGGAAAAUGGUGGACCCGUGGAUUUGAAAUUGAUGUCAGGACGCAUGCAUGGACAAGCAUUUGCAACAUUCCAAAAGGAACACAUAGCUAUCCAAGCUUUAGCAGAAAUCAAUGGAACAAUAUUAGGUGGGCAACCUAUUAUUGCGCAAUUUGGAAGAAACAGCAAUCGGAUACAGGUGGAAGAAAAUAGAUAAAUUAUGUGUUGUACAAAGUUCACAUCAAAUGGACAGAGAUUUUAAUGUAUCCAGGCAGCAGAGAUUUCUUCAUGGAAUGAAGAACACUUGCAUUGGUCUUUGAAGAGUUAAGUUUCGUUAUAUAUAAGCAGGCCUGUCUCACUUCCAUACAAACGGCGUGAAAUCGCCGAGAUAUUUACCUACUAUUCUGGAACACAACAUAUUCAUAGUACAAUAACUGUAUGCCGUCUCGCUUCAAUCUGCCAAGUGCUAGGGCUGUCAAGCGAGUGGCGGCGCGGCGGCCGGGCGGCGAGCGCGCGAUUCGUCAGCCACAGAAUACAAAAGUGCCAGCCAAUUGAGACUAGUCCGGUGACCGGACGCUUGCGUUUAUCAUACCUAAACUCGGGAGUGAAAUUUCUGUACCGUAAGGUACUAACUAUAUAUUCUGUGGUAUAAGUUGAUGUGGUGUAAAUAGUUUAUAAUAUGAGAUUUUUCUACUUAAACUAUUAGCAUUUUAAUGUAGAUGCGCCAUUUUGUCAUGUCUUGUGUACAUCCUGAUUGUUGUUCCCAAAGCACAAAUAAUAUGAAAUAAAAAAAUAGUUAUAUGUAUUAGCCAUGUAUUACGUCCUUACUGCCUACAUUUACAUUUUACAAUAUGAAGUCUUAGACAAAAAUAUGUUCAAUGAAAAAGUUACAAGAAAAUCUAUUAAACUUUUAUUUAUU